AGAUCAAUAGGAAAAGUGCGAGAAGAAAGCAGCGCGCGGCGCGCAGCGCGGCCGCAGCCAGGCGGGAGCCGCGGCCUCCGAGCUCCGCUCCCGAUGCGGCCCGGAGCCGGCGGCGGGCGCUGAGCGCUGAGCUGUGCCGGCGGCCCCGCGGCCAGCCCCGCCGCUCGCUGCCCUUUCUCUCCCUUCUUCCCUUCUGCCCCCCCCUCCCUACCCUUCCCCCCUCCCCACCCCCCCCGCACCAUGUCGUUCCCGCAGCUGGGCUACCAGUACAUCAGGCCGCUGUACCCCGCCGAGCGCCCGGGCAGCGGCGGCUCCCGAGGCGGCGCGGAGCUGGCCCCGUCCGGGACCCUCUCCAACGUGCUCUCCUCCAUGUACGGCGCGCCCUACGCCGCCGCCGCCGCCGCUCAGGGCUACGGAGCCUUCCUGCCCUACGCCGCCGAACUGCCCAUCUUCCCGCAGCUGGGCGCGCAGUACGAGCUGAAGGAGAGCCCCGGGGUGCAGCACGCCGCCUUCCCGCAUCACCACCCCGCUUUCUACCCCUACGGGCAGUACCAGUUCGGGGACCCGUCGCGGCCCAAGAACGCCACCCGCGAGAGCACCAGCACGCUCAAGGCCUGGCUCAACGAGCACCGCAAGAACCCGUACCCCACCAAGGGUGAGAAGAUCAUGCUGGCCAUCAUCACCAAGAUGACCCUCACCCAGGUCUCCACCUGGUUCGCCAACGCUCGGCGGCGGCUCAAGAAGGAGAACAAGAUGACCUGGGCCCCCCGCAGCAGGACGGACGAGGAGGGCAACUCCUACGGCAGCGACCACGAGGGGGAAGAGGACAAGAGGGAGGACGAGGAGGAGAUCGACCUGGAGAACAUCGACACCGAGAACAUCGAGAGCGCCAAGGACGAGCUGGAGGACGAGCUCCAGGACGCGGACCUGCUGCACUCCGACUCCAAGACGGACUCGGAGGGCUCCGAGGGCUUCGAGGACCUGCCCGGCUCCGAGGAGCGCUACCUCGGUCCGGCCGCCGCAGCCGCCGCGGAGCCGCUCCGCCUCCGCCACCACCACCUCCGCCACCACCGCCACCACCGCCGCCCGCCCUGCGAGCUGCCCUCCGCCGGCCCCGAGCCGCCGCCGCCCGCCCCGCCGCCGCCGCCGCCGCCGCCGCCGCCGCCGCACCUCUCGCCCCCCUCCUCCGCCUCCUCGUCGUCCGCCUCCUCCCCGACGGACGCCGCUUCGGCCGGCACCGUGCCGAAGCCCAAGAUCUGGUCGCUGGCCGAGACGGCCACCAGCCCGGACAACCCCCGCAAGUCUCCCGGCUCCCCGCCGGCGGCCGCCCCCCAGCCGCUGCCGCUGCCCCCCCCGCCGCCCCACAGACUCGUCUCCUCCUGCCCGCUGGGCAAGUUCCCCAACUGGACCAACCGCGCCUUCCCGGCCGCCUCCCCGCACCACCACGCGGCCCCGCACCCGCUGGCCUUACUGAACACUCCGCACCUGCUGGGGCUGGGGGCCGCCCCCGCCGCCGCCGCCGCCUUCCCGCGGCCCGCGGAGCAGGCGCCGAGCGCGGAGCCCCCCGGAGCAGAUCGAUCUAGUGCCUUGGAAGUAGAGAAAAAGUUAAUAAAGACAGCUUUCCAGCCAGUGCAGAGGCGGCCCCAGAACCAGCUCGAUGCCGCCAUGGUUCUAUCGGCGCUGUCAUCGUCUUAGUUAAUUUUUUAUCGUUGUUGUAAUGAUUGUAAAAAGAAAUCUCUGUAUAGUUACGACGUUACGCAUGUCCGUAUGGUAAAACUAAAAAGGAAAAGACAAAAAUACAGCCCCGCUUCUGUGCUCCCCCCGGGUCCCGGGCCGUGCGGUUGGUGGAAGUCCCGUGAGCGUCCGUUCGGUGUCUCGGUUUUUGGUUUUUAUUUUUUGUUUGUUUGUUUGGUUGGUUGGUUUUGUACAUACCGUCAAACCUGUACAUACGUGUGAACCAAAUUGUACGAGAAAGUAUCUAUUUUUGGCUAAUAAAGACACGGUUGCCACUUUGCCUACA